CCAUUCAUGCGCAUGCAGGCACAGGCACAUUACAGGGCAGCUCGGGGUCCUUCGUAGGACCACAGAGCCAUCCGGGGUUUUGUUGCUAACCAGUUCGCCUGUGUUGGUCUGCUAAUGGUGAUAAAAGGCUUUUGCAGAACUCGCAAGGGACGUCACAACAAGAACGCCUUUGUCAACAAGUGGAGACUGCUACGGCUUCGCAACUUGUACGUCAGUGAAGAACAUCUUCCCCCUGAGCAGCAGCUGAGGAACUCCAGGAUGGAACACAUUAAAAAGGAAGAGGAAGCUGUGGAUCCACAACCGCUUGUUAUUAAAGAGGAAGAAGGGGUGUCACAACCCCUCGUCAUUAAAGUGGAAGAGGGGGUGUCACAACCCUUUGUCAUUAAAGAGGAAGAGGGGGUGUCACAGCCCCCCGCCAUUAAGGAGGAAGAGGAGGAUCACAGCAUCAGUCCGGAGCAGUCACAUUUGAUGGAACACACCAAAAUACACACCGUAGAGAAACCUUUUCCUUGCACGGUGUGUAAUAAAAGGUUCUCUCGGCGGACGGAUUUGAACUCUCACGCAGUAAUACACAGUGUCGAGAGACCUUUUCCUUGCACCUUGUGUGGGAAAGGAUUUAAACGAAAAAGGGAUUUAGAAAUACACAGCAGAACCCACACUGGAGAGAAACCUUUUCUCUGCUUGUUGUGUGGGAAAAGCUUCUCUCAUCGCUUGCAUUUCAACGAACACACAAGAAUACACACUGGAGAGAAACCUUUCCCUUGCACGUUGUGUGGGAAAACAUUUAAACGAAAAAGCGACUUAGAUAUACACACAAGAACACACACCGGACAGAAACCUUUUUCCUGCGCCGUGUGUGGUAAAGGUUUCGCACAGAACAUAACUUUAAUAAGACACUCGAGACUACACACCGGAGAGGAACCUUUUCCUUGCACCGUGUGUGGGAGAGGAUUUAAUCGAAAAAGUGCUUUAGAAAUACACACAAGAACACACACUGGAGAGAAACCCUUUUCCUGCGCUCUGUGCAGUAAAAGUUUCACGAUGAACGUAUCUUUAAAAAGACACACAAGAACACACACUGGAGAGAAACCUUUUCCUUGCACGGUGUGCGGGAAAAGAUUCUCUUAUCAGUCACAUUUGAAAGAACACUCGGCAAUACACACCGGAGAGAAACCCUUUCCUUGCACGGUGUGUGGGAGAGGAUUUCAUCGAAAAGUCGACUUAAAAAUACACACAAGACGACACACCGGAGAGAAACCUUUUUCUUGCUCGGUGUGCGGUCAAAGUUUCUCACAGAACAUAACUUUAAUAAGACACAUGAGAAGACACACUGGAGAGAAACCUUUUUCCUGCUCACUUUGUGACAAAAGUUUCUCACGGAAGGUAUAUUUAACAAAACACAUAAACGAACACUAGAGAAAAAAAUGUCCCAUCACCUUCAUAUUGAUGGUAUUACUGUUGUUAUAGGAGGUUCUUGAGGUAUAAUUGUACAUAUGAAAUAAUAACACUUAAUGGAGUUAUUUGUGAUUAAAGUGAUGAAG